CCUCGUGCGAUUGCAAUCAUGGGAUUUUACUUUAGUACGUUUUGACGUCAGAAUGUCUAUUUAAAAAAAAAAAAAGACCCGCCUUGAUCAUUAGAGGAGCCGUGUCGCUGGUCUGGAGAAAGAUGUUUGAAGCUUAAAGCUCUCUCUCUCUCUCUCUCUCUCUCACUCACUCUUCCCAAUAGUUCUAUUUGUUUUUAUUUUCCUGCCGCCGCGUUUGGAAAUUAAAAUAAUAAUCAGUAAUGUUCACGUUCGCUGCCUUCUGUUACAUGCUUUCCCUCGUCCUCUGCGCUUCCCUCAUCUUCUUCGCCAUCUGGCAUAUUACAGCCUUUGAUGAGCUCCAUGCGGACUUUAAAGUCCCAAUUGAUCAGGGCAAUCCAUUCCAUGCUCGUGAAAGACUUCGGAACAUUGAGCGAAUAUGCUGUCUGCUCCGAAAGCUGGUGCUUCCAGAGUAUUCAAUCCAUGGUCUCUUCUGUAUCAUGUUCAUGUGUGCCCAAGAGUGGCUAACUGUGGGCCUCAACAUCCCUCUGCUUUUCUACAACACAUGGAGGUACUUCCACAGCCCCACAGACACCAAGGAGCUGCUUUACGACCCAGCGAGUGUCAUGGACGAUGACACGCUUAAGUUCUGUCAGAAAGAGGCGUGGUGCAAGAUGUCCUUUUUCGUGCUUUCCUUCUUCUAUUAUCUCUACUGGUGAGUGUCUACCAUUAACACCGCCACUGUAAUGCUGCAACCUGCUCAAGUGACGUCUGAAUAAUGGAAUUUAUUUAAAAAAACUAAACGUGAUUAUUAUUAUACCUUCACUGAUAAAUAUCUGUUUGCUGUAGUAGAAGCUACCUGUAAUAAAUAGCAUGUAGCAUAAGAAAAUAAUUUGUGUCUUUGUGUUUGGGCGUCUUAGUUCCAGUGAAGGGAAUUUAUAAGGCUACAGCAUACAAUAUACGCACAGUAUGUGGUUGCUGAUUGGCUGUAUCUCCCGUCAGUCUGUUUUGCUUUAUGCUUCUAAAUUGCUUUAUAAUCAGCAUCUCUUGGUUUCGCAUAAACGCUGCAGUAUUGAAUUGAGACAUUAUUAUUGUUAUUAUUAUUGUUGUUGUUGUUGUUGUUGUUGUUGUUAUUAUUCCUCCUUUUCUUAUGAAGGUGUUCUUAUGAAUUGUGCAUGAGCUGAAUGUAAUCGUUUUCCGUUCUUGUCUUCCAGUAUGAUCUACAAUUUGGUGACCUCAUAACAGAGCUCUUGGCACAGAGGGGAAAUAUUGGGACUUUCUCAAACGUUGUAGCAUUAAAACUAAUCACUG